GCCACAGCAUUUGUAUGUUUCAUGUAGAUUUGGGCUCAGCUCUUUGUUUGACUGCAUGUUCGCUGUUAGAGAGACAGUUGGUGAAAUCAACUUCAUUUUUUAAGCACGUUUCUGCGGUGUGUGUGCUCUGCUGGCCGUGUGUGUGUGCGUAUGUGGGCACUUUGCGUUUUUGCGCAUGGGUUAGUGUCAGUAAGAAACCAUACAGCUCAGUCAGCUCUGUCCAGAUUCAGAUCCCUGCUUGACCUGAUUUACAUCCCUCUUCAGAAGCAGUGACAACGUGGGUGCCACGUGCCACUUUGAUAACAGUGGAUUCAAAGAAUCACAGAAGAGAACCUGAUGGGCAGCUAUGCUGAUAGCAAAACUGUUUAUUUUGUAUUAUUAAGAUCCAAUGAGAUCGUUAUCAUAAUUAUUUAAAAAAAAGUAUCUCUUAUCGUGGUUUAUAAUGAUGUUAAAAUUGCUUUUGCAGAAAUAACUUGAUACUUCUGCAUCUGGGGAAAACUUCAACAAUUAAAAUGCAGCAAAUGCCAGUUUUACAGUCCUCUGUGGCUCCAGUGGAAGGGAGGUUAAACCGCAGUCUUGUGCCCAGCCUGCCUGCAAUCAGGCCAGACAGGCUGAAAACAGCCAAGGCGCUUGUGGACAAAGCAGUCAAGUUGAGGAGAGUGUUUUCAGUGCAGGGGCCCUAUCCUGUUAUCCGCACUGCCUUAUGGGCCAGAGGGUGGGUGGAACGAUGUUUGCCCCAUCCAGUUCAGAGGCCACCUCAUUACCAUGGUGAUGAGGACGACGAUGGUGAUGAUGGUGAUGUCUGCGCUGAUGUUACUGAGAGAGGGGAUGAAGGCGAGAAAGAGGAGAACUUUGAUGACAUGUAUGAGCUCAUGUCACGCCUGGUUCGGAAUGAAACCCCGUAUUUCCACUGGACAACGCGCCGAGAUUACAUCGACUGUCGCGGCUUACGCAGCGACCAAGUGACCAAUCACUAUGCAAACGUGGGAACUUUCACCACCAAGGUGGGGCUCUGUGUGAACCUGCGUAACCUUCAGUGGUUUGAUGCUGCAGAUCCGGACACCUUCUUUCCCAGAUGCUACAGACUCGGAGCUGAAGACGAAAAGCAUGCAUUCAUAGAGGACUUCAGGAGGACAGCUUGCACCAGCCUGCUGCAGCAUGUGGUGGAAACAUGGAGCAGACAGGGAGCAGAGGUUGGGGAACAAAAAGCUAAAACCAGCACCGUCGAAGAGUUAGAUCCAGAGAUGAUUGACACAGCGUUGCACGUGUGUGAAGAGUUUCUCAGUGUUUUAGAGCAUGGUGACAUUGACGUAACCGCGGAAACGGCCCCAACAGUGGAGGGACAACAGUGGACAGAGUUUCUGCAGAACUACUACAUGGUUGUUCAUGAAGGUGCCGUGAUCAGUGGUAGCGGUGUGUUUGUGGGGCGUUGCCAGGCGAUGUUGAACAGACUGCAGGAGUGCUGUCCUCAGCUGGACACAGACGGACUGAGUAACAUCUGGAUUAUCAAACCGGGUGCCAAGUCAAGAGGACGCGGUAUUAUGUGUAUGAACCGCCUGGAGGACAUUUUGGCACUGAUAGACACAGACAGAGCCAUGACGAAGGAGAGUAAGUGGGUGGUUCAGAAAUACCUGGAACGUCCUCUGCUGGUCCACGGCACCAAGUUUGACCUCCGUCAGUGGUUCCUCGUAACGGACUGGAACCCUCUGACUGUGUGGUUCUACAAAGAGUGCUACCUGCGCUUCUCCACUCAGCCCUACUCCACAAAGAAUCUUGACAGCUCAGUUCACCUGUGCAACAACUCUAUCCAGAAGCACUUCCAGCCGUCUCGUGAUCGCCAUCCGGCCGUGCCUCUGGACAACAUGUGGUCCUGCUCUCAGUUCAAGGCUUUUCUGCAGCAGCAGGGCCGUGGGGCAAAGUGGGAGACGGUGGUGGUCCCAGGCAUGCAGCAAGCAGUGGUUCAUGCCCUGCAGACAGCCCAGGACCUGGUCGAGCACCGCAAGGCCAGCUUUGAGCUCUAUGGAGCUGACUUUAUGUUGGGCAGAGAUCUGAGGCCCUGGCUCCUGGAGAUCAAUGCCAGUCCGACGAUGGCCUGCUCCACGGCUGUGACCGCCCGCCUCUGCCCUGCUGUGCAGCUGGACACACUGAGGGUUGUGCUGGACUGGCGGGCGGAUUCUAGUGCUUACACAGGAGGAUUCCAUAUAAUCUACAAACAGACUGCAGUUGAAGUUCCUCACUAUGUGGGCAUGAACCUUCUGGUGGAAGGAGCUUCUGUGAGGCGAUCCAGACCUCUCCUUCGUGCAUUUCCUGCUAUCCAGUUUUCCUCAGACCGGACGUCUCCAAUAGAGGUGAAAACAAGACAUAAAUCAUCACAUCAGAAGACCCAUGCAGUUGCUGUUUCUAACCAUGCAGGCAAAGAGAACCAAACUGCUGAAGACACAAAAGGGCAGCUGACAUCAACAUCUCCAAAGAAAAUGCAGAGAAAAGAGCAACGGUUGCGUCUCAGUGCGAACAGAGCCACUCUCGUCCCACGCAGUCUUUCUUUUUCCCUCAGUUCCCCUCACAGCAUGCUGCACUGUAAAUCUCAGGCCGGCCGAGGACAGGCAUCCCAUAUUACUAGGUUCUUUCUUCCCCAGACGAUUUCUGAGGCCCAGCACAAGACUUCCACCCAGGUGUUUCCUUCACUCCAGGGUCCCCUCCCUACGCUGGAGAUCUUGAGCUUGAAGCCUGUGACUGGAAAUAGUUCCUGUCGUAACCUGACUCUGUCCUCUCGCCGCAGCUUCCACAGGCAUCACUCGUUCCUCUGUUCUAACAGGCAAAACAUGGCAAAACAUAAAGAGGACUAUAGUGGGGAACAUACUGUGUGUUCAGAGGACAGAAAGCAAACAGUGGGACGCUGAGGAGGUUUUGACAAACAUUCUUUUAUAUUUUUUGAUGACCUGGAUUGUAAUUAUGAAGGAGUUAACAUUAAAGCUGAAGUGAUUAUUUAAUUAUUAAGUUUUGUUUAAAGAAUAUAUUACUGAAGUAUA